AGCUAGCCGGCGAUCAAAUCGAAACCCCAUUUCCACUCUAAUGAAAUCUUAGUCGCCUCAUCUGCUCCCGAGAGAGCGCCAAAGCUACUGCUUCUGCCGUAUUCUUCGCCGCCGAUUCCCGCGCCGUUUUCAUGGCCGUUAAAUCGGUCCCGAAUUCGUUUACUCUUCCGUUGAUUUCUUUCUUGCUGCUGCUCUUGACUCGCUCUGACUCGGCGCCUCAACCCUUCAGGAGAGACCCAGGCCAUCCGCAAUGGCACCAUGGCGCCUUCCACGAUGUCAGAGAGAGCGUCCGAUCCGACGUCCGCCGCAUGCUUCACACUCGCGCCGAGGUUCCGUUUCAGGUCCCACUGGAGGUGAACGUCGUUCUCGUCGGUUUCAAUGGCGACGGAGGAUACCGGUACAGCUUGGACGUGCAGAAACUGGAAGAGUUUUUGAAACUCAGCUUUCCGACUCAUAGACCUUCCUGCUUAGAGACCGGAGAGCUUCUCGAUAUCGAGCAUCACCUCAUCUACAAUGUCUUCCCUGCUGGGCAGCCGGAGAUGAUUGCUCUGGAGAAGGCAUUGAAAGAGGCCAUGGUUCCUGCAGGAACUGCUCGAGAGACUGAUUUUGGAAGAGAGGUCCCGUUGUUUGAAGUGGAGGCGACUGCUGUGGAGCCUAUAUUUCACAAAUUCUAUUCCUACAUUUUUGACACUGAUACCAUGGGGUUCGCACAACAUACAGAGCCUGAUAGGCCCAAUCCUGCUUCUAUCUUUGUCGUUAACUUUGACAAGGUCAGAAUGGAUCCUAGGAACAAGGAGGUUGAUCUUGAUAAAUUGAUGUUUAACACAAUUGAUCAGCUGUCUGAAGAAGAUAUGAAGAAACAAGAGGGUGAUUACAUUUAUAGGUAUCGGUAUAAUGGAGGGGGUGCAACACAAGUUUGGUUGAGCUCAGACAGGUUUGUAGUGAUUGACUUGUCAGCUGGUCCUUGUACAUAUGGCAAGAUUGAAACAGAAGAGGGAAGCGUCAGUACUAGAACAAUGCCUCGGAUUAGGAAUGUGGUACUUUCAAAAGGAUCAGCUGUAGGCACCAUCAGUGAUCAUUCUAGUCAUGAGAUUUUUGUUGGGCAUCUUUCUUCUCUGAUAUCAACCACAGUUGAGCAUGUUGUAGCUCCAGACGUCAGGUUUGAGUCUGCUGAUCUGACAACAAGGUUGCUUAUACCAAUCAUUGUACUUCAGAACCAUAAUAGAUACAAUAUCAUGCAAGCUGGCCAUAACUACAGCAUAGACACAACUGAGAUUGAGUCAGAGGUAAGUCAAUUUUGUUUGGAGGCGUUUUUCUUUCUUAUGUUGAAUUGGCUGAGGAAGAUGGUUCACAAUGAGCAAGAGGUUGUAGUUAUUGGUGGUUCACAUGCAUUACAUCGACACGAAAAGUUGGCCAUUGCUGUUUCCAAAGCAAUGCGUGGUCAUUCACUACAGGAGACUAGAAAGGAUGGACGCUUCCAUGUUCACACCAAGACAUAUCUGGAUGGUGCUAUGCUCAAAGAAGAGAUGGAGCGGUCUGCUGAUGUGCUUGCCGCUGGUUUACUCGAGGUGGCUGACCCCUCCCUGUCUAGUAUAUAUUUCCUCAAACAGCACUGGGAUGACGAAUCUGAUGGCUCUACUGAUUCCAUUCUUAAACAUAAACCUCUAUGGGCUGGUUACGAAUUUAACCGUGGCAAGAGAAAGGAGAAGAAGCAAGGAGAUAUCUAUCGAACUUACGGGACGAGAGUUGUUCCUGUGUAAUUAAACUUUUGUGCCUGCUUCGUGCUAUCGUUGGCUGAUGUGGAUCCUCAACUUAUGAUGGAGGAAGAGAGCCUCGUUUGGACUAGCAACGAUGUUGUCAUUGUGCUUCAACAUCAAGCCGAUGCAGUACCUCUAAGCUAUGUUUCAGAGAUUGAUAGAAGGACAGCCCUUCCAUCUCUGUCGCAGCGUCACAUAAUGGCUGGCCUCGCAUCCGCCGUGGGUGGGUUGAGUGCCCCAUAUGAGAAGGCGUCCCACGUGCAUGAGAGGCCAGUUGUCAAUUGGCUGCUUGCAGCUGGAUGUCACCCAUUUGGCCCGUUUUCCAACAGUUCUCGCACCAGUAAACUGCUACAAGAUGUUGCAUUGGGGAAGGAAGGGAAAAGGGUGUGUUUGGAAAUGGUUUUUCUUUAGUGAUGCUGCUUUGAAUAUAGAGUAUCAGGACCAUCAUUUGAGAGGAACACGAUCUAUGCUCGGGUGGAUGCUGCACUUCAUAAGAUCCGUGAUACAUCAGAGAUUGUCCAGGUCUUUGCAUCGGAGCACCUGAAAACCCCGCUGGGGGAGCCUGUGAGAGCCAAGAAGAACAAAACAACUACCGAACUAUGGUUGGAGAAGUUCUACAAGAAAACAACCAACCUGCCUGAACCCUUCCCACAUGAACUGGUUGAACGACUUGAGAAGUACCUCGACAAUCUCGAGGAGCAGCUUGUCGACCUGUCAUCUUUGCUGUACGAUCACCGACUGCAGGAUGCACACUUGAACAGCUCGGAAAUUCUCCAGAGCUCGAUCUUCACGCAACAGUACGUGGAGCAUGUGUUGUCGAGCGAGAAGGAGAAGAUGAAGUGCUGCAAGAUCGAGUACAAGUAUCCGUAUCACUCGUCGCAAACUUACGUCUAUGGAGGGAUCCUUCUGGCUGGGUUCGUAGUGUACUUUCUUGUCAUUUUCUUCUCCAAUCCAGUCCGGUGAGUUAUACAAUCCACCUCUUUCUUGACCACAGCUACCAGAACCUGCUGGUAGCUUGUGUGCAUUAUUAUCUUGGAGAAAGGAAUUUUGGUCUUGUUUCCGCCUGUUUUACAAGUUGUAACUAACCUUCCAUAUACGAACGAACUCCACUUAGCACAAGGAUGUCGCUUAGAUUUAGUUAUAACUGAAAAACAUUUGUCUUUUCUCAUUACAAUUAGAGCAAAAUGUCGUCAUUUUCCCUUGCAAACAUCAAGGAGUUAUGUGGGAAGACGCUUCAAAAAUCAAAACUUAUAGAGGGGUGGCAAAGGAAUUCGAUUUAGGGAGGAUUGGUAGAUUAAUGGAU